AUGACGAUACCAGAUCAUCUUUUUGAUGAAGGAAUUAAUAACACCCUGUUUCAUCAUGACAUGAGGCAUAUUCAGCAAAAUAAAAUUGUGUAUGAAAAGACACAGCGGGACUACGAACAAGAACAAAGAGACCUUCUAUCAUCUCAAGAUGGUGACACGUGUGAGAUCCACGACCAAUUCUACAGGGACCAUAAGCUGCUUCUCGUCUUGUUUCGGGCGCUUGCGGUUAUGCCUAUCACACGCUCUCGGCCAGGCACGAUUACAUUUAGUUGGAAAUCCAGAGCCACAAUGUACGCGGUGUGUUUCUAUAUCGCUGCCACAGCAGUUGUUCUAAUCGUGGGAUAUGAGCGGAUAAUGAUACUUCGAUCAAUUCGACGCUUCGACGAUUAUAUUUAUGCCAUUCUUUUCGUCAUUUUCCUUGUUCCGCAUUUCUGGAUACCAUUCGUGGGCUGGGGCGUGGCUCAUCAAGUCGCUAUUUACAAAACUAAUUGGGGGAAAUUUCAGGUCAGAUACUACCGUGUUACCGGUGAGAAUCUUCAAUUUCCCAACUUGAAGACUACAAUCGUGAUCAUUAGCGACGUGGAACAAGAAUGUUCAGCAAAGUUAAUAUCUCGAUAUAGGUACCUGUGGCUCAACCUAUCCGAGCUGCUGCAGUCACUUGGAAACGCUUAUGCAAGAACAUAUUCAACUUAUUGUUUGUUCAUGUUCGCGAACAUAACGAUAGCAGUAUACGGGGCUCUCUCCGAGAUAGUGGACCAUGGUUUCGGCUUCAGUUUCAAAGAAAUGGGCCUGUUCGUCGACGCUGCCUACUGCUCAACUCUACUCUUCAUAUUCGUUGAUUGCUCGCAUAAAUCUACUUUGACGGUGGCUGCCGGUGUACAAGAUACACUGCUGUCCAUCGAUGUUCUAGCAGUUGACAGACCUACACAGAAAGAGAUAGACCACUUCAUCCAAGCUAUAGAGAUGAACCCAGCUGUGGUGAGCUUGAAGGGAUAUGCUCAUGUCAACAGAGAACUACUAACAUCGGUUGAAAAUAGCAUCAGUCUAUCCUUCACCACCAUCGUCAUUAUCAGGAAGAUCUCGGCUGUUGUAGAAGGCCUUUACCUGGUCAUUUAA